AUGCCAGCGCUCCUGGUCGACACGACGACGCGCCCAGUCUCGUCCAGCGACGCCUCGACCGCCUCGGAGCACUCUGGCAACCGCUCCAAGUCGCCCACUCCUGACCGCCCGCCCGUGUCACCUCUCACGCCCACAGCUUCUGCUGCCCAGCUAGCUCCUGUGGAGCGCACCGAACCCCGACCCCGCCCUGCCCCUCCGCCCACUGCCACCUUCAGACCGCAGCCGCCCUCUGUCGCCAUAUCCGAGACAGAGAACCCGGAUGCCAUCGCCCUGCGAUCCGCCAUAUCGCUCCUGCAGCUGCAGCGCGAAAAGAGCAAGCGCGACCUCAAGGCCCUCGAAGAGCUCAAGGCAGCCGCUGUGUCUGACCCGCAAGCCUUCGUCAAGUCGCUGCAGGAACAGAGAGCCCAGGCCUCCCAUUCCUACCAGGACAUACUCACCCCAACGCUGUCGGGUCUGGCCGACUCGUCACGUAGCAAUGACGAAGACACCAAUAGCGCAGACAUGCGCAAGGACUCAACGCAUAUGGACGCGAAGCCAGACCCACCCAAGUUCCCCGCGAUACCACAGCCCCAGAACAUCGUGCGAUGCCCGCCCAUCAAUUGGGAAAAGUACCACAUAGUCGGAGAACCACUGGACAAGAUCCAUGAAGAGCAGAAGAAGUGGCCAGCAUCUGCCGAGCCUCCACGCACAAAGUCUGGCCAACGAGCACCCCCGCACUCAGUGACGGCCCCAUACUCUCCCUUCACGGAUGGCAUCAGCGCUGCUUCAUCGUCGGCAGCCCAACCGGCAAACCACUCCAAGAAGACGCCGUCAUGA